CAGCAUCAUCAUCAUCUGCUUCAGUUCAGUAUUUUAGCUGGAUGUCGCAUUUCGGAUCGUAGGCGGUCGAGCGCACGAUACCUUUUUUUUUUUUUUUUAAUCCACCCCUUUACAGCCAAGGGUGACUGCAGUUGUGGUUGGCGCAGUGGCCAGUUCAUGAUUCGAUUUGUGCUGACUUUGCAUUUCUUUCGGUGCGGGCGGAGGAAGUGUUGUUGCAUUUCGUAAAGUAUAGAUUAAAACAGUAGGCGGUGAGACGGAACGACGAAGAGUGAGCCUUGCCACACGACACCAUCGGGCCACUGCAAUCGAUUUUGCUGCCAGAAGACGUACGCCCGUCACACCAGACGGAAUCAUCGGGUGUUGUUGUCGGCCACCCUGAAGGACGGCUCCCCCGCCGUAUGGUGUGCUUGUGGUGAAGUUUUUGCAUCAGUAAUCGAUUAGAAAGAAGAAGAAAGCGUAUCCUAGGAACGGCACGACAACGAUUCUUGGCAAACGCAUCCGCAUCGGACAUCGGCACUAGCUAGGAGGAGACAUUGGUGGCGAAACGAUGACAUCAUUUUUCAACGUUGGGGCGCUGGGCGGAAAUCCGUUCUCGACGCCCGUGGGUCAGAAGAUCGAACAAGCAACAGAUGGCAGUUUGGCAUCGGAAAAUUGGGCGCUCAAUAUGGAGAUUUGUGAUAUGAUCAACGAAUCGUCGGACGGGGCGCGCGAUGCGAUGAAGGCGAUACGCAAGCGGCUGGCACAGAAUGCUGGCAAGAACUUUACCGUCAUCAUGUACACACUGACGGUGCUGGAAACGUGUGUCAAGAACUGUGGCAAAGCGUUUCACAUACUUGUGGCCAACAAGGAGUUCAUUCAGGAGCUAGUGAAGCUGAUCGGCCCGAAGAACGAUCCACCACCGAUCGUGCAGGAUAAGGUGCUGAGCUUGAUACAGAUCUGGGCCGACGUAUUUCGUUCACAACCCGAUCUCAACGGUGUCGUACAGGUGUGCCAGGAGCUGAAGAACAAGGGCAUCGAGUUCCCGCAAACCGAUCUCGACUCGAUCGCACCGAUCUACACUCCACAAAGGAGUGUCCCCGAUGGAGCUCCGGCCGCGGAACCAAAUGUGAACAAUCUUCCCGUUUCACCCCACCAUCACCAUCCAUCGCAAACGCCCGGAUCUCCUGCCAUGCCACCACCUUCAUCCCUAUCGCAAGAUCAAAUUGCCAAGCUACAGUCGGAACUAGACAUCGUCGCAAUGAAUAUGUCGAUUCUCGGCGAGAUGCUCACCGAGCUGAAACCGGGCCAGGAAGAUCCGGCAGAUUACAAGCUGCUGGUAGACCUGACAGCAACCUGCCGGGAAAUGCAGAGCCGCAUCUUUGACCUGAUCGGCAAGGUGCAGCACGAUGAGCUGACGGCAGAACUUUUGCGGUUGAAUGACGAGCUCAACAACCUUUUCCUGCGGCACGAGCGCUACGAGAAAAACCGCGAUCCAAAGAAUGCUUCCAGUGCAACACCAUCGGCCAUACUGGGGGCAGCGCUCGGUGCAGCCGUAGCAUCGUCGGGAGCGGACAAGCGCGACUCAUCGCUCAUAGAUUUGAUGGGCGAUGAGGGUGGAGCGAUUGGGGGAACGGCAGCGAGCGGUGGUGGUCCACCAAAGGUAGCCGCCGACAUCAUCAGCUCACAGCUGGCCGGGCUCAGCCUAGCUGCCGCCGCUGGUACAACCGGUGCCUCCUCUCAGCUAGCACAACUGACCAGCGUAUCGGCACAGUCCGGCUCGGCCGCAAAGGGUAAGGCGAGGACGACGACCAGCACCAUUCCACCCGAUGUCGUAUCGGAUGAGUUCGAUAUGUUUGCACAAUCACGAAACACUACCGGGGAAAAAGAUCUGGUCGGCAGCACUGUUGGCGGCAGCACCUUGAGCACGAGGGAAGCGGAGUUUGAUGAGAUGGAACAGUGGCUAGGAAACCCGGAUGAGAUCGACAGCCUGGAGGCACACCUGGCAGGUACGGCGGGUGGACUGGGUGCGGCAACUGGUGGCGGCGGUGCCGAGGAAAGCCUCACCAGUAAAGAGUUUGAGAAAUUCCUGGCGGAACGAGCAGCUGUUGCAGAUAACCUACCAACGAUCAGCAGCCAAAUCGGCAGCAACAAUAGCAGCAGCAGUCCCGCGGGCAAGGAUCGUAAAAAGAAGCCCGACGAGAGCGACGGCCUGCUGGGCGGACUGUGAAAGGACUAACAGUUCGUUGCGGUGGAAAGAACAGACGGAAACCACGCAGAGUCUCCAAAAACAGAGGGUGGAGAGCGGUUUCCCGUUGUUGGUUAGUGUUUUGUUUAGUAUCUUUUUGGUUAUUCGUUUUUUAUAGAUUUUGAUGUCUUAGUUAUAUUGUAUCGGCGUAGCGAUGAAUGCCAGCACUUUACCACCCUCCCAGUUUCCUUCUGGUCACGAUGCUGUGCACGGAUUUACUAUUCACACGCCACGCCAUGGUCGCUGCAUGGUAGUAACGGCCAUUCACGUAAGCUAGUAAGGUGAUGCGUGCUUACAGAUAGAGAAAGUGAGAGAGAACUUUGUGACGAUUGAAUAUAUUGUUUAGAACAUUUGAAUACCUACACCCUCGCGGCGUUUGCAACCUCUUCUCUCCCUUGAUGUACGUAAAAAAUGAGCCAUAAAAAUCCCAGAAUACAUACACUACACGUGGCGAGGCUAACGGCAGCGUGGACGGGAUGAUCAUAUUUAAAAUAGGUGAGCUAGAGUUGUAUUUAUUUAUUCCGCGCCCGUUGGGAGCUUCGGGCAGCAAAGAGGUUCAAAGGGUGGUUUUUGUGUUGGGGUAACUUUCGUGGCGCGAUCAGUUUUUACCAGGUGUCUGUGUGUCUGUGCGGGUACGUAGCAAGAAAAGAAGCCGAAUUGCUUGACCCUUCGCUUUGGAGCCCUAGCCAGUGCUUGCUAAUUUGAAACGAUCAUGACCACUCCGCGAUCCGGAUAUGUAAUAGAGCUACUACUCAAUAAACAACGUGUACACGUUUUCCAACCUUCAAAUAAA